AUGAAGUGGAAGAGCAGCCACUAAAGCCUGGGACAAGGGAUGAUGAAGAGUCAUACUGAGACUGGAAUUUGGGAUGGGUUCAUUACAUGAAGGCUUCAUUGCCUGGAGGCCUCCUCCUGUCAUGAGGGUAGUGACACCUACCAGGCAUGUAAUGACAGUUGGGGAGGGAAGAUGCUGCAACAGGACACGGCAUGAUCACCUCCAAGAUAACCCAUCUGGCCUGGAUGUCUUCUUCAGACAUCCUUCCCUGUCCCCUGACCCUCCAGGCCUCAGCCUCAAUGGAACAUCGAAUGAGCAGUAAUUACACUGGCCAGGUCCCAUCUGUCAAUCCCAAGAGAACUCACUGCACUGGCAGGUGGCAGGAAAUCUGACUCCUGCUCAGAAGGGACAUCUAAUCCUUUCGUGGCUCGGGUCAUCAGUGACUAGUCCAGACAACCUGUCCUGUUGGGAACUGGCCCUUCGCUGCCGCCCGAGUGUCGCUCGCACCGACACCCCCCUCAGGAUUCCCGGGCGGAGCUGCCCUGGAGAGCUCCAGGGAUCUUCCAGCCUCUUGCUAGAGAGUGCACCGCUGUGUGAGCUGGAGAAGAAACAUGAAGGUCGGCUGGCCAGGUGACAACCACUGGCAGGUGGGUCCAGCUGUGGUGGAAAGUCCAGCUGUGGGAGCACCGCAGGUGGAAAGUCUCCCCGACGUGGUUCCGGAGGGCACGCUGCUCAACAUGGUGCUGAAGAGAAUGCACCGUCCCCGGUGCUGCUCUUACCAGCUGGUGUUCGAGCACAGGCGGCCCAGCUGCAUCCAGGGACUUCGCUGGACACCACUUACCAACAGUGAGGAGUCUCUGGACUUCACUGUGAGCCUGGAGCAGGCCACCACGGAGCGUGUGCUCAAGGCAGGGAAGCUCCUGCAUCGUCAUCUCCUGGCCACCUACCCUACCCUCAUCCGAGACAGAAAAUACCAUCUCCGACUGUAUCGGCAAUGCUGCUCUGGCCGGGAGCUGGUGGAUGGGAUCUUGGCUCUGGGGCUUGGCGUCCAUUCACGGAGCCAAGCUGUGGGCAUCUGCCAGGUGCUGCUGGAUGAGGGUGCCCUUUGCCAUGUGAAACAUGACUGGACCUUCCAGGACCGAGAUGCCCAAUUCUAUAGGUUCCCUGGACCAGAGCCAGAGCCUGCGGGAACUCAUGAUGUUGAAGAGGAGCUUGUUGAGGCAAUGGCUCUACUCUCACAGCGAGGGCCUGAUGCCUUACUCACUGUGGCGCUCCGGAAGCCCCCAGGUCAGCGGACAGACGAAGAAUUGGACCUCAUCUUCGAGGAGCUGCUGCACAUCAAGGCGGUGGCCCACCUCUCCAACUCAGUGAAGCGGGAAUUAGCUGCUGUUCUGCUCUUUGAACCACACAGCAAGGCAGGGACUGUGUUGUUUAGCCAGGGGGACAAGGGCACCUCGUGGUACAUUAUCUGGAAGGGAUCUGUCAACGUGGUGACCCACGGCAAGGGGCUGGUGACCACAUUGCAUGAGGGAGAUGACUUUGGACAGCUGGCUCUGGUGAACGAUGCACCUCGGGCAGCCACUAUCAUCCUUCGAGAAAAUAACUGUCACUUCCUGCGUGUGGACAAGCAGGACUUCAACCGAAUCAUCAAGGAUGUGGAAGCAAAAACCAUGAGGCUGGAAGAACACGGCAAAGUGGUGUUGGUUCUGGAGAGGAGCUCUCAGGGUACCGGCCCUUCCCGUCCCCCAACCCCAGGCAGGAACAGGUAUACAGUAAUGUCUGGCACCCCAGAGAAGAUCCUAGAACUCCUGUUGGAAGCUAUGCGACCAGAUUCCAGUGCUCAUGACCCAACAGAGACAUUCCUCAGUGACUUCCUGCUGACCCACAGUGUCUUCAUGCCCAGCACCCAGCUCUUCACUGCCCUCCUGCAUCACUUCCAUGUGGAGCCAGCAGAGCCUGCUGGAGGCAGCGAGCAGGAACGAAGCACCUACAUCUGCAACAAGAGGCAGCAGAUUCUGCGGCUAGUCAGCCGGUGGGUGGCCCUGUACGGCCCCAUGCUCCACUCAGACCCCGUGGCCACCAGCUUCCUCCAGAAACUCUCAGACCUGGUGAGCAGGGAUGCCCGACUUAGCAACUUGCUGAAGGAACAGUGGCCGGAGAGGCGGCGGCACCACAGGUUGGAGAAUGGCUGUGGGAAUGCAUCUCCUCAGACCAAGGCCCGAAAUGCACCUGUUUGGCUCCCUAGCCAGGAGGAAUCCCUCCCAAGCAGCACUGGUGCCAUCCGAGUUGGGGACAAAGUUCCCUACGACAUCUGCAGACCCGAUCACUCGGUGGUGACCCUACAGCUGCCUGUGACGGCCUCUGUGAGAGAGGUGAUGGCAGCUCUGGCCCAUGAGGAUCACUGGACCAAGGGACAGGUGCUGGUAAAGGUCAAUUCUGCAGGCGAUGUUGUUGGCCUGCAGCCAGAUGCCCGUGGUGUGGCCACAUCCCUGGGGCUCAACGAGCGGCUCUUUGUUGUUGACCCACAGGAAGUGCAUGAGCUGACCCCACACCCUGAGCAGCUGGGGCCCACUCUGGGUUCUUCUGACAUGCUCGAGCUAGUGAGUGCCAAGGACCUGGCAGGCCAGCUGACAGACCACGACUGGAACCUCUUCAACAGGAUCCACCAGGUGGAGCUGAUCCAUUAUGUCCUGGGCCCCCAGCACCUGCGGGAUGUCACCACCGCAAACCUGGAGCGCUUCAUGCGCCGUUUCAAUGAGCUGCAGUACUGGGUGGCCACUGAGCUCUGUCUGUGCUCAGUUCCCGGCCCCAGGGCUCAGCUGCUUCGGAAGUUCAUCAAGCUGGCAGCCCACCUCAAGGAGCAGAAGAAUCUCAACUCCUUCUUUGCGGUCAUGUUUGGCCUCAGCAACUCUGCCAUCAGCCGCCUGGCCCACACCUGGGAGCGUCUACCCCAUAAAGUACGGAAGCUGUACUCCGCCUUGGAGAGGCUGCUGGACCCCUCAUGGAACCACCGAGUUUAUCGAUUGGCACUCACUAAGCUCUCCCCUCCUGUCAUCCCUUUUAUGCCUCUGCUACUCAAAGACAUGACCUUCAUCCACGAGGGAAACCACACGCUCGUAGAGAACCUCAUCAACUUUGAGAAGAUGCGAAUGAUGGCCAGAGCCGUGCGAAUGCUCCAUCACUGCCGGAGUCACAACACUGUGCCUCUGUCACCACUCAGAAGCCGAGUAUCCCACAUCCACGAGGACAGCCAGGCAUCAAGGAUUUCCACAUGCUCUGAGCAGUCCCUGAGCACCCGGAGUCCAGCUAGCACCUGGGCCUAUGUCCAGCAGCUGAAGGUCAUCGACAACCAGCGGGAACUGUCCCGCCUCUCCCGGGAGCUGGAGCCAUGAGGAGGGACUGGGCAGAGCAGGCACUUCUCUCAGAGAAAGCCAGAGCCUGUGGGGCCCAAGAGGUUCAGAGGCCAGCCACGGCUGGGCAGGGCUCUUCGUGGAGAGGACUCAAGGCCCUGGAGUGGGCAGUGUAGAGGCAGCUGUCCCCUGUGAUGACUGUCGGCUAAGGAGAUCUUUGAUGUGGAACUGAGCUGGCCACAAGGCCAAGGAAGAGGGGACAUUGAUGCCCUGGAGUGGGUAGGAGGAGCUAGGAGGUGCAGAACUCUGAGGCUCGAUAGACAGCUCUCCCACGAGGCUUUUUGCACCAUCUGUGCAUGCAGCUGUGCCGCUCAGUGGUCGCCAGGCCCUGUGCUUGUUUUCCAUAGGGGUCAGAGAGCUCACAUCUGUAUGAUGUGUGUGCACAGGGUGGGGCCUUGCCUGGGAAAGGAUGGGGAGUUCUGCUUUUCUCUCCACAUAUCUGAGAUAAACAGCUGGGUGUAGGCAGGGCUGUUGCCUAGAGUGGUGGUCCCUGUGGCGCUGCAUUGUUCCCAUAAAUUAACAAAGAUAUGUGUGUUCUACAGCCUGGGUGUGUGGCAGGGAAUGGCCGGUGGAAGAGGAGGUUGUCCCUCUGGGCGCAGAGAGCAGCCCCAGCACCUCGGGCUGGCCUCCAGGAAAGCUGACUGUUGCCCAGAUGGGCUACAGUGCUGUCCCGGACACUCUGGGGACCAUCAGCUCUGCAAAAAAAAGAUAAUGAAAGUCCAGAUGCAGCUAGCGUCCUCUACUGUCUCCUUCCCAGCCCUGCUUCCUCUCUCUGCCCUUGAUCCCGUUGGGUGUUGUGUAUGCUGAGCAGAGGCCUCAAGAGGGUGAGGGAAGAGGCAGGCAGAGGAAACCAACCGAAGCAUAACUGAUUUCCAGGAAACAUGAAUUUAUCCUUGGGGAUGAGUUGAGUGUUCCCCACCCUUACAUCCCACCCCGCCAGCACAUAUUCUGUGUUGGUUAAGGACCUCUUUUCCCUGCCUCUUCAGCACCUGCCUGGGCAGAGUUUUGUGCCUGGAAACUCCAUGCCAGGAUGCCACCCUCUCUGCUCUCCUUGUUGGCAACCUGAAAGAAACCCCACAGCCUCCACCAUGACCCUGAGUAAACUCCAGGGCAGCAGCACUCUCGGGCAUCUAGAGGAGGUGCCUGCAGCAACAGGGCAGCGGGAGGCAGCUAGGGCAGUCCUGUACUUGUCCUGCAGGUGCAGCAGCUGGAUCAGACUUGACAUACUCCGUGCACCACCCCAACCCCCACUCCCCGGCCAGACUCCUCAGCCUGAGGUUACAGAUGCUGUGUUAGCUGCUCCCAGGAAAGAUCCAAGCUGUUGGCAAGGAGACAGCACAUGGACAUUACACCUCGGGUCUAAUGAGCCUGAGCACACCAGUGUGUGUGCUUUGCCUUCAUUUGUCCAGCUGUAAAGUGGGUAUGAUAUAGGGUUGUUGGUAACAAACAAGGCAGCAGGUCUUGCCUCCUUCAGAGUGACUGUCACAGUCCUGUAUCCAUGACCUAGAGGACAAGCCGCAUCUUCUGGAGUGGAGUCUGAGACAGCUCUCAGGAUGCAAUCAACUGGUGGGAUGACCAAACCAGUUCUGUUGCCUGUGGGCAGGGAGGGAGGAUCUGAGGGAAGCGUCCAGAGCUGAGCAAUCAUGAGUCCAGGCCCAAGCAUCAGUGAGUCAGGAGUCCCUGAAGCUUUCUUGUCUUCUAAGCCCAUUGUCACUGUUUCAGUCGAGGCCAUGCCAGUCAGUCUCAGCCCUUUGCCAUCUUCGCAGACUCCAGGGUGAAACCAACCCAGCGAUGAGACAGGCUUUGUCCUUCACCUGCUUUCCUUUCUUUCCCUGGUCACACUUACCUUCUGACCAACAUUCUGGGCUCCUUGUGGGUCUUCCAGGUUAAACAAGCUGCAACUUCCCAGAUGCUCUACCUCUGUCUACCUGGACCUCUUUGAGCCUGUUGGGAAAGAUUCUGGCAGGAGAACAAUGCCCUGGAGACACAGGGGACACAGACUGGGGUGUGGAUGUAUGAGGGAGGUCACUGCCUAGGGGACAAGGGGCUGAGGAAGAGUCCAGGCUCCUGAUGGCAGUCUCCUGAUGUUCAGGCAGAGGGCGGGGACGGUGCUCCUGCUCUCUAGCUUCCCAGGCUGUGUGUAUAUGUGGGUGGUGGAGGCUCCUGAGGCCAAAGUAGGAGGGGAAGAUCACAGGCUUGUUGAGAAAGACUGAACAAGGGAGGAGGGGACCUGAAAUCUAGCAUUUAAAAGACUUGUUACCUAAAGAAGUAGAACAGAGGGUGUGUGUGUGUGUGUGUGUGUGUGUCUGUCUGUCUGUCUGUCUGUCUGUCUGUCUGUCUAUCUGUCUGUUGAGAGAAAGCAGCACGGAAUGGUCAUUGCAUAUGUCUGUGACCCUCCCUAUCUCCCUAUGGUCUCUCUAAAGGCUAUAGCCACAGGUUAGGCCAGCCAAGGACUUCAGCAGGGGAGGUUAUGCCUCUCUAGCAGUGCAGUGCCUGGUGAAAGGGUAGAAGUUGGAGCCAACCCUCCCCUGUCCUUCAAGCUUUAUCACCCUUUAUAGGAGGAUCGGCACAAACCCGUGACCAGCUCAGAGUUCAGCUGGGUGGAAGCAGGCCUGCUUUCACAGUCUUCUUGGCUCUAUGUCUCCAACAACCCUGAACCGGAUUGCACUCUGCUUCCCAAGUAGCAAAAAUUAGACAUUCUGAUGUUGCUGUUAUUCAUGAGAUUUUGUCAGGAUAAUAAUAGUCUGAGAUUUGAAUAGA